GACAAAGACACAUGCAUGUUCACCCAUUCAACGGUUCAGAUUCUCUCUAUUUCCCAUCAUUCAAAUCCACGCUCUCCGUUUCAUUCAUCUAACCAUGGUUAAAUAUAUCUCUCUCUCUGAGUUAUUAUGGUUUUAACAAACAACAACAAAGCCCCAUGUGACUCAAAGAAAAACAACUGAAAAUGGGUUUUGUUCUUUCUCUCACUCUCUUUAGUUGCUAUGUGCUGUAUAAUGUAAUUACUAUUUCUGCAUAAGCUUAGAUUUUCUUAGAUCUAUCAUCUAUCCAGUUUCAGUUCUCUUUUUUCUUCAUUUUUUUGUUUUUUUUACUUUUAGAAAAAUCCCAUUUCACCAUCAUCAUCACUACAACCCUUUGGUUUGCAAGAUCAUAAUUUUUCUGCUUGGUUUUCUUCUCUUCCAUACCAUUUUUCAAUUUUUUUUCUCCUUCUGUAACUGUAUUCACCAGAUAAAAUUUGUGUCCUUUUUGGUUGCUAUCAUGCAGAUCCAAACUAGAAAAUGUUAAAUUUUCAAUUUUUAACAGUACCUUUUUUCCUUUAAAUUAUUUUUAGCCUUUUUUCCUUCCAGAUCUCUCAUCAUGUUAUAGAUUUAAAGAUCUUGUUAUCUCACUCUAGUUAAGUAAGAUCUGUUUUUCUUUUCUCUGAUUUCUAAAGGUGUCUCAGUGUUUUAGAUCUUGGUUGUUUAUUACGCGUGUGUUCUAUCUUUGUUGUUGUUUUUCCUCGUUGAGAGUAUGAAAAUUUUCUAUGGAAGUUGUAGAAUUUGGAACUGUUGAGUGAGAUUAUAGAAAAAUGAAUUAUUUUCCAGACGAGGUAAUAGAACAUGUGUUUGACUAUGUGGUGUCACAUAGUGACCGAAACGCUUUGUCUUUGGUAUGCAAAAGUUGGUGUAGAAUAGAGAGAUUUACAAGACAAAGAGUUUUCAUAGGGAACUGUUACUCUAUUAGUCCUGAGAGGUUGGUCCAAAGGUUUCCAAGUCUCAAAUCUUUAACUUUGAAAGGAAAACCUCAUUUUGCUGACUUUAGUUUGGUUCCUCAUGGUUGGGGUGGUUUUGUCUAUCCAUGGAUUGAAGCACUGGCUAAGAGUAAAGUUGGAUUGGAGGAGCUUAGGUUGAAGAGAAUGGUUGUCUCUGAUGAUAGCCUAGAGCUACUUUCUCGUUCUUUCAUGGAUUUUAAGUCUUUAGUUCUUGUUAGUUGUGAAGGGUUCACCACUGAUGGUCUUGCUGCUGUAGCUGCAAAUUGCAGGUCUCUUAGGGAGCUGGACUUGCAAGAGAAUGAAGUUGAAGACCACAAAGGACAGUGGCUAAGUUGUUUUCCCGAAAGCUGCACAUCACUUGUCUCUCUGAAUUUUGCUUGCCUUAAAGGAGAAAUUAAUUUGGGAGCACUUGAGAGACUUGUGGCAAGAUCUCCUAACCUCAAGAGUUUAAGGUUGAACCGUUCUGUGCCUGUUGAUGCACUUCAAAAGAUACUGAUGCGAGCGCCUCAGCUAGUGGAUUUGGGUAUUGGGUCAUUUUUCCAUGAUCUCAACUCAGAUACCUAUGCGAAGCUUAAGGCUACCAUUCUUAAGUGCAAGUCAAUAACCAGUUUGUCGGGGUUUUUGGAAGUGGCUCCUUUUAGCCUGGCAGCUAUAUAUCCAAUUUCGCAAAACUUAACAUCCUUGAACUUAAGCUAUGCUGCAGGCAUUCAGAGCAGUGAGCUGAUUAAACUCAUUCGCCAUUGUGGGAAACUACAGCGCUUAUGGAUAAUGGAUUGCAUUGGUGACAAAGGACUAGGUGUUGUAGCUAGUUCAUGUAAAGAUUUGGAAGAAUUGAGGGUUUUUCCCUCAGCUCCCUUUGGAAAUCAUGCAGCUGUUACAGAAAAAGGACUGGUAGCAAUAUCGAUGGGAUGCCCCAAGCUUCACUCAUUACUCUACUUCUGUCACCAGAUGACUAAUGCAGCUCUCAUAACAGUGGCUAAGAACUGCCCGAAUUUUAUCCGAUUUAGGUUAUGUAUUCUUGAUGCAACAAAACCUGACCCUGAUACUAUGCAGCCACUCGAUGAAGGUUUCGGGGCGAUCGUGCAGUCAUGCAAGCGACUGAGACGGUUAUCACUCUCAGGGAAGUUGACUGACCAGGUCUUCCUUUACAUCGGAAUGUAUGCUGAUCAGCUUGAAAUGUUGUCUAUAGCAUUUGCUGGUGAGAGUGACAAGGGAAUGCUCUAUGUAUUGAACGGAUGCAAAAAGCUUCGCAAGCUUGAGAUGAGAGACUGUCCUUUUGGCGACUCGGCUCUUCUGACAGACAUAGGGAAGUAUGAAACAAUGCGAUCCCUUUGGAUGUCGUCGUGCGAAGUGACUGUAGGAGCGUGCAAGACACUAGCUAAGAAGAUGCCGAGGCUGAAUGUUGAGAUCUUCAAUGAAAGUGAACAAGAAGAUUGUGAUAUGGAAGAUGAGCAGAGAGUGGAGAAGAUGUAUUUGUAUCGCACAGUGGCUGGGAAAAGGAACGAUGCACCAGAAUAUGUAUGGACUUUAUAGGUGCAUUUUAGGUUCAGUUUAAUUUUUCUUCUGUUAUUAAGCAGUUUGUAUUCUGUUUAGGCUGACUGAUUAAUGCAAUUUUAUUUAGACUCUCCGGAUAUGUAGUGGUUUUGUUAUGUCCUUGCACUUUGCUAGUUUUUAUACAUAAUAUUAGAUGCCACUUCACUUCAUCAGUGUGUUGAGUCUUGUUUUAUGUACUUGUAUUCUAUGUGACGCCUUUGCAAAUGAUUUCAAUUGAUUCAA